CCCUGGGGUGCUGUGCAGAGGCUCUCUCGGCUCUUGGUCCCGGGAGGCUGUGGGCAGCUUCUGCUUCUGCAGGUUGGACUCCAGCCCGCCACCUCCACCAUUGCCCCAGCUGAGUGGCAGGUGCCAGCUGAGGCCCCAGGGGCCAUGAGGGCAGCUCUCUGGGCCUUGGGAGUUGGGCCCCUUGUCCUCACUCUCUGGGCAGUCCCCAUCGGCGGGCCGGGCACUCUGAGGCUGGCGAACAGACACAGCCCGUGUGAUGGCGUGGUGCUGGUCCAACACGAGGGUCAGUGGGGGCACGUGUGCAACCGGGAGUGGACGCUGGCAGAGGCAUCCGUGGUCUGCAGGCAGCUGGGCUGCGGCCAGGCUGUGGGUGCCCCCAAGUACGUCCCGCUGCCCGGAGAGAAGGUGCCGGCCUUGCUCCACAACGUGUCCUGCAGGGGUGGCGAGUCCUCGCUCUUGGAGUGCAGCCUCGGGGCAUGGACGCACAGCCCGUGCCCCUACGAGUGGACGGUGGUCGUGCUGUGCUCGAAUGGAACUUUUCGGGAGAUCCGCCUGGUGAAGGGCCGGAGCCCCUGCUCGGGGCUCCCAGAGAUCAGGAACGCGAAUGGUGUGGACCGCCUCUGCGGCCUGCACAGGGAGGAGGCCACUGUGUUCUGCCGGGAGCUGGGUUGCGGCCCUGCGCUGCAGGCUUCCCGCCAAGACCAGGGCGGCGGCAAGAAGUACAUGACGUGUGAGGGCACCGAGCCGACCAUCCGAAACUGCAGGCUCAGCAACCGGCUCCGCAGUGGGUGUGACUUCCAGCAGGACCGGGAGGUGGUGUGCUCAGGACACACUGAGGCCCGGCUGGUGGGCGGCGAGCACCCCUGUGCCGGACGCCUGGAGGUGCGGCGUGGCCUGACCUGGGGCACUGUCUGCGACGAUGACCUGGACCAGGCCAUGGCCCACGUGGUGUGUCGGGAGCUGCAGUGUGGCUUGGCUGUGUCCACGCCCCGGGGCGCCCACUUUGGCCGGGGUUCUGGGACCGUGUGGACGGAGGCCUUCCGCUGCGUGGGCAAUGAGUCCCUGCUGUUCCACUGCCUUCGGGGGCCCGGGCACCAUUGCGGGCACAGCCAGGACGCUGGGCUCAGGUGCUCAGAGUUCCGACUGGUCAACGGCAGCAGCCGCUGUGAGGGGCGUGUGGAGCUUCAGGUAGAGGGGACCUGGGCGCCCCUCUGUGCCACCCACUGGGACUUGGCAGAUGCCAGUGUCCUCUGCCACCAGCUUAACUGUGGCGGUGUGGUGGCCACACCUGGAGGAGGCCAUUUUGGGCACGGGGACGCUCCCAUCCGGCCGGACAGGUUCCACUGUGUUGGGACAGAGCCCUACCUAUGGAACUGCCCAGUGAGCACCCUGGGGGCCCCCGCCUGUGCCCCAGGAAAUGCUGCCACCGUGGUCUGUGCAGAUCUCCUCCAUGCCCUGCGGCUGAGGGACGGCCAGAGCCGCUGUGACGGCCGAGUGGAGGUGUCUCUGGAUGGCGUGUGGGGCCGUGUCCUGGACGAUGCGUGGGACCUGCAGGGUGCGGGCGUCGUGUGUGAGCAGCUGGGGUGCGGAGAGGCAGAACGAGCCUAUGACGCACCGGUGCCAGACCACGGGGCCGGCAGGGUGGGGCUGAGCCGCGCUCGCUGCCUGGGCACGGAGACCCGCCUGACCCAGUGCAACGCAUCUGCGCCCCUGCUGGCGUCCGUGGGGGCCUUGCGGGACGUGGGCGUCGUGUGCUCCGGGAGCCACCAGGUGCGGCUGGUCGCAGGGCCGGGCCGCUGUGCCGGGCGAGUGGAGGUGUUCCACGCUGGUGUGUGGGGCACGGUGUGUGAUGACGGCUGGGACCUGCAGGACGCACACGUGGUCUGCCGGCAGCUGGGCUGUGGCCACGCCCUCCGCGCCCUGGGGGCUGCUCACUUUGGGCCGGGGGCUGGGCGCAUCUGGGCAGAUGAGCUUGGCUGCAGUGGCCAUGAGACAGCGCUGUGGCAGUGCCGGUCUCGGGGCUGGGGCCGGCACGACUGCACGCACAAGGAGGAUGCGGGCGCCUUCUGCUCAGGGUCAGUGGCCCUGAGACUGCGGGGCGGCGCCCAGCUCUGUGCUGGGUGGUUGGACGUGUUCUACAACGGUUCGUGGGGCGCAGUGUGCAGCAACGCCCUGAGGGACGCCUCCCUGGCCGUGGUCUGCCAGCAGCUGGGCUGUGGGGACCAGGGCUGGCUGGAGAACAAGCCGGUCCUCGCUGACUUAGGCGUCUCCUGGGUGGACGGCAUCGACUGCCGCAGGCUGCGGAGCUCCACGCUGUGGCAGUGCCCCUCCGCCCCGUGGGACCCGCACUCCUGCGACCGCGGAGAGGAGGCCUGGGUCACCUGUUCAGGAUCAUCCAAGGAAACGAGUCAGGACUUCGGGGAGACCCUCAACUGCCCUCCCACCGGCAGCUGCCCAGGGACGCUUCUGUCCACGGUUCGCUCCGCAACGCAGUCCCGCCCUGCGGUGACCACGCCCCCUCUUGCGGAGGAGGACGCGGUGCGCGUGCGCGGGGGCGAGGACCGCUGCUCCGGCCGCGUGGAGCUCUGGCUCACAGGCUCCUGGGGCACCGUGUGCGAUGACUCCUGGGACCUGGCAGACGCGGAGGUCGUGUGCCGCCAGCUGGGCUGCGGUGGGGCCGUCAGCGCCCUGGCAGGGGCUGCCUUCGGUCCAGGCUCAGGGCCCGUGUGGCUGGACGAGGUGGGCUGCCGUGGCAGCGAGGCAUCCCUGUGGGACUGCCCGGCGGAGCCCUGGGGACACGCGGACUGCGGGCACAAGGAGGAUGCGGGCGUGCGCUGCUCGGGUGACAGCGGGGCCACGGUUCGGCCGCCAGCAUUGGGCCCUCCCCUGACCCCACUACCUGCCCUCAAGGCUGGGACACUGCCCAUGACCUUCUGCAUCAUCCUGGGCACCCUCCUGGGCAUCGUCUCCCUGCUGCUGGGGGCGCAGUGGUGCCACAGAGCAACCUGCAGGGGUUCUGGAAUGUUGGAGAACCUGCCGUCAGAAGGUGUUUAUGAGGACAUCGGAGCUGUCCCCAUGGGGGAGGAGGUCGAGGGGCCCAGUGUGCCCCGGGACCUGGCGCUGGAGGAGGACUAUGACGAUGUCCGGGAGCCUCAGCAUGGCCUCGAGGAGGAGGAGGAGGAGGAGGAGGAGGUGGGCGGGCUCCUUGCAGCCUGGGUGCCAGAGCUCGGGCUGCAGCGGAAGACUGCUCUGGCCCCUGCCGCAGAGUGUGGUGACCGUGAGCUGGCCAUGGGGGGGCGCCAGCGAGACUCUCGGACUUUCACUUUCCUCAUUUCUAAACAGGAUGUCAUUAAACUCCCUGAAGCCCAGCCCAGGCUGCGCCGCAGGGGCAGCCCACCUGCCCCCUUCUGUGUGGGCUCAGGCCUAGGGGUCCGACUACAGACUGCCAUGGGGGGCAUCUGCUGGGCCAGCCUCACAGGGCCCUGGGCUCCAGCAUCUCCUCUCGGCCAAGCUGCUGCUGCCCAGGACGGGGCCCGUGGGUGCCGUGGCCAGCUGCAGGCCCCGGACCCUGGAGCGUGGAUGGGCGUCUCUGCGGUCAGCACUCUGUGCCCACGGGCAGCCCAGUCCCACGACCUGGGCGACGUUGCGCUCGACUUUGCAGACGUUUGUGUUGCAGCUGCCGGCUUCCCGCUGACCCUGGUUUCUCGAGGCUGCCCAGGCCCUUCUCUGCCUGCUCCUCCCACCUCCUGGUCGUCAGCUUGUACCGCUUAG